GUUCUGGUUGGAAACGGCGAUGUCUACUCUGCCUGGUCGUGAUCAUACGUCCGGUUCCACUCCCUCUUUAGAUGGAAAAGGGGGUACAGAAUCAGCACUGAAAGGAGGAAAGUCAACAAAAAGGACAGGUCCUAGCUAUGUAUAUUACCGUCUAUACACCAAACUUGGUGCAUUUGAAUCAAAUCACGCCCUCUACCACAACAACCGUUUCAUUGGUCGCGUUCCAUCGAAUUAUUUUGCUCCUCCUCAUACCGUGGCGUCUAUCAAGCGGUCCCUGUGCAAAAUCGAGGGCCUCUCUGAGCCCGACAAGGCACUUGUCUUCACACCGCUCUCAAGCCCAGCACCUAAAGAAGACUCUGCCCGCCUCUCUUUUGCACUCAUCAACUUUGCAGUAUACUAUCGCGUCUACUUAUCAGAGGGAAAAAGGGAUGAAAAGACGAAGACGUCCUUUGACGAAAGCGAUAUUUCGUUAGGACGCAUCAACACCCUCUUCAUCGCUCCCCCUCACUCUGUCGGGUCUUUGAAAGCACAUAUCGCAAAAGUCGAAGGCCUGGUCACGCCGGGUCAUGCACUCUACAAGGAAAUGGAACUCUUUCAAGACAUGAAUAGUGACGCUGCCAUGAGCGACACUGAUGUCAUAUCCUUCUCAGGUGACACUUUUCCGGGUAGCGAUGAAGGCGAUCCCGUAGCCCUUGUCAAUGCAACCACCAAUACAGUUGCAGACCAAAAGACUAAGCCUACAUCAGAUGGACCAGAUUCAAAAUUCACUAAAUGCGCUCGGGUAACUUGUGCUACCAACUACAAAGGAGGCGGAUGCGGUCCCAACUGGCUAUCGAUGACACACAAAGAUGAAAUCAUUUCCACGGAUGGAGUUGUCGCCUCUGUGUUGAGUCUUGCUAGCGAGCACUCUCAUCCAGCAUACAUGGUGAUUAAUUCCAAGGGUGAAAAAGGCUAUGUGGAAACGGAUUCAACUUCUCUGUUUCACAACACUUCCAAAGACGAGAUAGAACACCUACCUGAAGACUGGACAUCUACAGAACACGUUGACGUCUGCGACAGCUGGAACGAUGAGGUAUACACAUGUCCGAUGUAUGUAUACAACAACAAGGGAAAACCACGAAGGGCUAGCAAAUUUCGUUCUGCUACAUACAACAAAUCGAAACGACAUGCAUGA